AAUGAACCCAUCUCUGACCUGGUUACUUAUCCCAGCAUCCAACAGAUGUCAGUAGCAGCUGGCUGAUGCUGCUGAUUGGUGGAUGGAAAAUCAAUAUGGCGAGCAAAACGAAGGAAAACAUCCAGGACAUCAGGGACAACCAAUGUUUUCAAGAUGUGGAAUUCCAAGUGCCAAAAUGUUGUCCAUAGUCUGUUGUGGAAGAUAUUCCUGUAACGAGAUUUACACAAAAAAACAUCCAUGUGCUGGACGUCACGCUACAUUUUCAAAAUAAAAUCAAUGAUUAGGACUAGAUCUUCCAUCAUGUCUGUAUCAUAGAAAUAAUAAUUGAAGUACGUCCUCCAAAAUUUAUCGGCGGAAUUAACUAAGAAAUAUUGCUGAACUUGGGAAUAGUUUUGAAUUGCUCAAAAAUUCAAAUCAGGAUUUACGGAAUACGUGUUUGUUAAGUUUAUCACUGUGGUGACUCUAGAUCAAUUAGCAUAAUGUUAUUUUCAUACUGGAGGUGAUACGCAACAUUUUUAGUGUCCAUCUUGUGGGAGUAUUAUGGUUGUCUAUAGGCUGGUUGGUAAUAUGGCUCAUAGGUACAGCAAGAAGAACGAAGGGGUCAGCAGUGGAGGUACAACCGGCGGUAGUAACGGACAACAGCCACACUCACUAAAAGAAGAAGAGAACCCUCAUAAUCUUGUGUAUAAAAAGACCCCCUCCUGGGCUGAAGAGCAAAAAAAGAUGGAGCAGAUAGUGGAAAGAAUGCAGGAUGAACAGUCGGGUGUGCCAGUCAAAACUGUCAAAAAUUUCAUAUCUAAAGUUCCAAGUGUUUUUACUGGUACAGAACUGGUAACUUGGAUGAUGAAAAACUUAGAUGUUGAAGACCAAACGGAGGCACUCCACCUUGCCCACCUGAUGGCUAGCCAUGGCUAUUUCUUCCCUAUUGAGGAUCAUGUACUUACUGUAAAAAACGAUAAUACCUAUUACAGAUUCCAGACACCUUGUUUUUGGCCAUCACGGUGUGGUGAACCAGAAAAUACUGACUAUGCUGUAUAUUUAUGCAAGAGAACAAUGCAAAACAAGCAACGGUUAGAACUGGCCGAUUACGAAGCUGAAAACUUAGCACGACUACAAAAGAUGUUUUCUAGGAAAUGGGAAUUAAUAUUCAUGCAGGCAGAAGCACAGGCUAAAGUUGACAAAAAAAGAGACAAAUUAGAACGGAAGGUUUUGGAUAGCCAAGAAAGGGCAUUCUGGGAUGUACACAGACCAGUACCCGGGAGUGUUAAUACGGCUGAAGUAGAUAUAAAGAAAUCCCUCACUUCGUUUUCCUUUCAGCCUGGGUGCGUGAAUACGACAGAAGUCGAUAUAAAGAAAGCAUGCAAAAUGAACAAACCACUCAAAACAACCAAGCCAAGCUAUCAGGUUCCAGGGGGGAGAAUUAGUCCUAGUGUAUCAGAAGCUGAUUUAAGAAAUCCAGCCGACUCAAUGAGGAAAGAUGAAUUACUAGACAAGGUUGAAGCUUCCAGGCAAAAUCUAGAAAGAAGAAGAGUAAAAGUAUCAAAAGUAGCAGAAUGCUUUAUCUCCUACUUUGAGCAGUAUGCAGAGUUUGAUCCCUUUCUAACGCCAGUAGAACCUUCUAAUCCUUGGCUAACAGAGAGUGUUGACUUUUGGGAGCAAGAGAAAAAUUUGAAAGAUGUUCCUCAGCGUCGAGUAAAACGAUGGGCUUUCUCCGUAUUUGAACUGCUGAAAGAUCCGGCAGGCCGGGAUCAAUUCUCUAAAUUUUUAGAUAAAGAAUUUAGUGGUGAAAAUCUCAAUAAAUACUCUUGGACUCGUACCAGUAAUUCUUUUCAUUAUAAAGAGGAAGGAUGUUAUGUGAAUAUGUCUUCACAUCCCGAGAGGAACAGAUUUUGGGAAGCCUGUCAAGAGCUCAAAAGUGUAUCUCAAAGUAAUGUGCACAAGAAAGUCCAAGAAAUAUACAGUGCAUUUUUAGCUCCCGGGGCAUAUGACCCUGUAAAUGUGGAUAGUCGAGUGGCUGAGAUAGUGAAAAAGCGUGUACAUAAUAACCCAGAUAGAUAUUGUUUUGCUGAGGCAGAGGAACAUAUCUUCAACUUGAUGAAGAGUGACAGUUACAGUCGAUACCUCCGCUCAGACAUGUAUAAGGAAUUCCUCGGGGGGACAAAGAAAAAGACGUCAUGCAAAAGAUGCCCCCCUCUUCUCCGCAUGUGUUCUGAGACAGAACAAGAUAUAACUUAGACAGGCCUAUACUGAGCCUUGGUAAUCAUCAUAUACAUUUUGUAACAUUGUGGCUCACCAUAGUUUAAUUGUUAGCCAUGUUGAAAAUUGCACAAUUGGUAAAAAGAACUUCUCAGUGUACGAUUUCUGGAAUUGUGUGGAUGCUAUGUCGAUGUUCUUAUUGUUGGAGACAGCCACCUACAGGAGAUAUGUAGAUUCCUGAAAGUUGGGAAGGAGCCUAUUGUCCAAAUAAGUACCAUCAAGAUUUAUGAGUAAUAGCAGGGAAAGUACAGUCAACAUCUAGUGUAGUCAGAUUGGUUGACAUUAGUUUGCUCAUCUUAAUAGUGUGCAUUCUGUUAGACAAACAUUGUUUUCAUUUGCCAGAAUUAAACUUGACCCAAAUGACCUAAGAGAAUAAUAGUUUUUGCUCCUAUUACCGGGCAACAUCAUUCUGCACCCAAAUCGUUAAGUAUCCAUCAGUAGUACAUGUAUAGUCUGUUAGUCAAUACACACCUCAUCCAGUAACUCAUUAGUUCAUCAUGAUCAGAGUUGGUAAGUUCAAAACUUAUGUUUUCAAAGUGACUUCGCAUAAUCACUGUGGUGAAGUCCUGUUCAUAAGUAAGCCUGUUUAUGAAAAUUGUUAUAGUAUUCAAUUUUGAACUUGUGCGGUGAUAAUUAGACUAUGAUGAUUUGAACAUAUUUGGUGCCUUUGAGAAUUUCUAAAUUUGAGGUGUUUUCGGAUACUUGCAAACUUGUCCACAUAAUUCUUUUUAAAGCUGAUCUAAUGCAUGUUUCUUUAUUUCACUGAAAGACUUUGCAUGCCUAUAAUAACACAGCAUGUCGCUUUUACUAGAAUACUCAUAUUUCCAUUGUAGCUGUUAGAUGAGCACUGAUCAGUCACCAGAAGUAUAUAUAAACUGCAGUAGACAUAGAUUCAGUAGAACACUCAUAGAGAGGUUUCAUUUACAAAUGAUUUUUUCACCAGAUUAUGCACUCCGAACUUCUAGAGCCAUUUUCCAAACUGUUUUGCUGUUUCAACGCUUUAUUGGCAAAUAGUUGUGGAAGAGGCCGGUAUUAAGUAUAUUAUACCCGUCAUCUACGUGAUAGCCAUGAACAAAAUGAAGACAUACUGAGCUUAACGUAUUUGUGUUCAGGCAUUUGGCAACUGAUGUAUUUGGCAGCUGAUGAAGAGAUGUUAUUGUCCCAAGUGGCCAUUUAUGACCGAUGCACUGGCCUUGCUUUCACAGCAUAAAGCUUUGUAUCCAAUGAUGAUUUCUGAAGAUGUUAAAUACAUCUUCAUCCAAAUUGAUAAUGAAGACUCGGUAGUACAUGUUUCUGAUUUGCUCAAAGUUUGUUGACUUUUUCUUCCUAGAUAUGAAGUUCUUUUGUUAUUUUUGAUAGUCCUGAUUAUGCAUUACAUAAGUUUUGAAGAUAGAUACCGGCAGUAGAAACAAUUGAAUCAGUUACUUCUGGUUGUUUUGAGUUUUGAUUUAGAUUAAUUUCAUUAUGUACAUGAUUAGGUAGCUAUACCUGUGUAACCAAUCUGUGGCUACCAUACGAUUUCUCUAUUGAAUAAAAAUAUAUAGUAUCGUAUCUGAAAAAGGUGUUUUUUUCCCUGGAGUAUGAAAUCUUGAAUUGAAUGCUGAUUGUAGGUACUCAUUAUUAUGUUAAUACUAAAUAAAUGAGGCAUGCAGUUACUUUUCAGCUUCUGUUUAAUCAUUGACUUCUUAUUAUUGUUUUUUGCCUGAUUUUUCUUCUCCAACUCUGAUCAUAAUGACUAACCCUGUGCCAUUGGAAAUUGAUAUUAAAGUGUGUUUUGUGACUAGUGUGCCAAUUUUCAAUUAGUUGCCAGUUGGGCCUACCCAGUGAUGAUGGCAUUACUUAACAUUCUAUAGAUGAUCAAAAUAUCCAAUCAUAUAACCCUUAGAAAAAUGUGAGUGAAGAGAAAUAUGCAGUAGUAGCAAGGAAAAAUGGUAGUUUUGCUGGCUCAAUAGCAUCAGUAUGGCAUAAUGGCUCUCAGACAAUUGUGAAAUACCUUAGAAAUAUUGAACUCCGUCCUUCGAAGGGUUAAUGCUCACUUUCACAGACGAUCUUAAGAAAUUAAUACUCAUUUACUCUGAUCAAACAAUCGUGAAUUCAUUUCCAAAUUUCUUGCUGUGACACUUAUUCUCAUUUAAAUGAACUUCAUGCAUUUUAUUCUCGUACUGUUCUUGUAAAUGUGACUUGACUAUGUUUUCUCUUGUAGACUGUCUGAUAAUGUCUCUGUUGUAACAGUGAAGCUGCCUGUCUAAUGUUACUGAGAUAAUGCUAUCUCUUCAAUGCGUACUGUCCUCUGCUCUGUAAACUGUGACUCUGCCACAACCAUGCAUGGUACCCCUGGUAAAACGUGUCUGUCUUAUCUACUUCUGGUCACUUCUGAUGCUGAAUGUACCUGACUGUACCUAGGAUAGUCAUACAAGUUUUGUGAAAAAAACCAAGUUAUUCCUGCCUGAGUGAAGGGAUGUCAUAGUUUAAGCAGCUCAAGAAGAAGCAUCAGAAUUUCCAGUCUUUUAAAUUCUGUAAUUUAGGGAUAUGCAAUACUGUGUCACUAUCUAUAUUACAGCACACAUCCGUCUGUACUAUCUAACCUCUUAUCAAUGGCACCCCAUUCAAAAUACCCAUGUUAGACCCAGCUUGCGUCCUCGGUCUCACUGAGACUACUCAAAACCCCCUAUCAUGUGGUGUAUAGUCUCCCUCUUCACCGUCAAACCAUACCCAUUUAAAUAUUUUAGAAAACGGUUUUCCUCUUGCAUUUCUGAUUAACUGAAUAAAGUUUUGACCUUUUUUGAUGAUGAAUUGGUUAAUUUUGAGAUUUAUUUCACCUUGCUCAAUCUUUGAUUCGUUUGAUUCUUAUUUUCAACCAGUUUCUUAUUUCUUGAAGUAACUGAAAUAUCAAACUUAGCUUUCUGCUCAAGUUUUCUGUGCUUAUUGCUCUCUUCCAGUACAAUUCGAAAAAAAGGCCCUCACUGAAUUUCAACCUGCUAAAUAGAACUUGAGAGGUAUUUAUCAUCUAUCAAAACUAUCUAAAAAUUUUUAUCAACCCUUUUACACUUACCUAGACUCAACCCGGGUUUAUGUAAUAUUCUUUUCACCCGCAUGAAUAUUCAUUAACCCAAGUGACUUUUCUCAAUUGUAUUACGAAAAACUGCGACCCAUGGAGUAUAGCUGUCUCGUGUAAAAGGGUUAAAGCACCAUGAGUGAUUAUACAUCCCACUUCAAAGUUUGGUUUUAGUAGUCUUGGUUGAACCUGGGGACACUGUUUUAGCUCUUUUAGGCAUCCUUACACACUCUUCACACAUCCUUAUCGCCUCACUCUAUAUCAUUCCUGGUAUGGGGUUAUUAGUAAUAUCCUAACCCCUGACAACCACACAUAUAUAAAUUAUCAAGCGGACCUGUUUGCAUGUUGUUCCACUUCAAUGCCAACCAAAUUGAUGACCACUGCUUAUCACAAGUUCACCAAUAGAUGUCAUCCAACAUCGUGAGCCCUCCGUAUCCAUGGUUACAUGUACUGUCCUGUCAGAUGUUCUGUAUGAAUAUGUCAAUUCACAGCCAUUGCAUUGCGCAACGUCACGAUGGGCAUCACAGAUCUUUUACACCUUCACUGAGUGUGCAACUUGUACUUGACUUAAAUCACCACCACACAUUUUGAUUUGCUCUUAAGUGUCAUCUUCACAACGUGUAACUAUUCCACCAAAAUGCACAAAUAAUUGACAAAUAUGUCUAAAAAUGCUAUAAAACCUAAUUUCAGAUUUAAUUGUUUUUUAUGUAGUUUUCACCUUGAUGAAACCUAAACUGUUAUCCUGUAGUUUUUCAGCACUUAAGAUAUGAUGGUAUUGUUUUUUACCAUGUGUACAUAUUAUCCACCAAUAUUAGACCAGCACGUAUAUUGUUAAAUAUAAUGCGCCUUCUAAAGGUGUUUUUUUUUCCAGUGUAUGCAUUCAUAAAUGUGCCAGCACUUUUUUGCUGCUUCAGGUCCACUAAAUAAAAAUUUUUGCUGUAACUAACUGUAACUUUAAGAAGCUGUAACGUUUAGAUAUAGCAUCCUAUACCCCAGUCCAUACCUUGCAUUUGCAUUCAGUGAUUGACGUGUGCUCUAAUAGCCCUGCUGGUUGGCAUGGUCUUUAAAUCUCAAUUCCACCCUUAUAUCAUGAUAGGCAUAUAUGUUGAAACAACCCCUCACAGUUAGCCUCCUUGCACGAUAGAAAUUUCACAACCGUACUCCUUUUAUCUGUCAUGUUUAUUGUUAUCUUUCGGAAAUUGCUCGUAGAAGACAUUUGGAGGAGCGAGUUGGUCCAUCAGUGUGGUGGCUGUCUAAUAUGAGAUGCUAAAUUCCAAUUCUUUAAGUGUUGAUGAUCUACUAAUCAUUGUUGCAACAUAAUUUUAGAUUUAGUUUGUGUUUUACUCCCCAGAUGUCUAUACCAUUCGUGAUUGGCCUCCAGCUGAUAAGUUCUGAUUUGGGGGCAACAUUUUUCAAUGACGUUUUCUAAAUCUUUCCAAUUACUGAACUGUUGUAUUGAAUUAGUUGGGGAAAUGAUGGAUCAAGACAAAUGCUUUAGAAUCUUGAUGGAUAAUUCUUUGUGAUCUUUUGAAAUUUUCGCAAAAAAUGGCAUAUAAUAGAAUGUGGUACUGGUAUCUCAUUUACAUUUUGUCAUUCACUUCCACAACUAACUUCCUGAUACAUAAAGGUAAAGGUAGAUUGUUAUAAGCAGUGAUGAGCAAAUUUGGUUGGUGUAUAAAUCAUGAGAACAGUUUCUAUAAUGAUAUCAUUGACCUUCAAAAGAUAGGACAUUUCAUGGUUAGAAGGGUGCUCUGCUGAAAAAGUUUGUUUCAUUUUCAUGAUUUGGGAGGUCAACUCAAAUAUCGAACUCGUGUACAUGUAAUUUCAACUCCAAUGCAAUAACCAUUGAAUUUCAGCAGCAUUGGAGAAUUUCAUCUACCACCAAAUGAAAAGAGCAAAUUUGGUUUGGCAAACAUUUCACAGUCUAGUGAAUUCCUUAGUACGGGUUGUGUCCUUUAUUUUGGGUUGGGUCCUUUGAGUAGAGCCACAAGAGAAUAUCUUGUCCUUUGAGGGUCUUGUGUAUUAGUGAAAAUAUCUUCUCUUUAACCCAAAGUGUCUGGACUAGCUGUCACAUUGAAUAUAUGAGACUACCAAUAUGCAACAAUGUGAUGGUGAUUUAGUCAACUUGGGGUGGAUCUGAGUGAAAUUUUUGCAAGUGGUAGUUUGCCACUGCAUUGCAUGGGUUUCCUUGUAGACCUUGUAGUUUUCACCAAGUUCAUUUCACCACAGAGGUUGAGCAGAACUGCUGUACAUUUUGUCCAGUAUAAUCUGUGCACAUUGCAAUCUGUACAUGCCUCUGGGAGAAACCAUGGCUGAAGUUGCAUAUAAUUAAAGCUAUUUAUCUACAGUGGGAUUUUCUAUAAGGCCAUUGAGAAAUGAUGUCAUGACCUUGCAUCUGCUACCAAAAUCGGUGCUGUUGAUGGAAGUUGCUUUAUUGGCCGCUUUGGAAAUGAACUAUUGUGUCUGUUAUGUCUUAACAGUAUUGCAUGAAGUGUGCAGUGUGAACUUGCAAGCAUUGUGUGAUCCAAACUGUUGUCUCUAUCGCACAUCUUUCAGAUCAUGGUCUCUUUCAGAUCAGUCAGAGUGACACCAGUGACCUUUUUGACCUUUAACCUGGAAUGCCUGAUCCCUGAUGUCUCAGUUUGUCUCCUAUAUUGUAGUCAAGUCUUAUAGAAUGCAUAGAUGUCAUGGUCCUUGUAAAAAGACUGAAUUAUUUCUGCCAAAAUAUCUCCUGCUAUUUCACCAUUAAAGUGAGGUGCCAUCAUCUCCAUCUUGUUUCGGUUGCAAUUUUCCUGACAUCUAUCCAUUCAGUCUAGUCUUUGUUGAUACUAGAUCUGUGUUGCAGCACCAUUGACCCAAUGGUCUUGAGAGUGUUCUAACCUAGUUGUGUAAGUUGUAACCGUGAAAUCCAUAACAAAACCACUAACAUUCCUCUAAUUUCAGUGCAGUUUGGUUCCUUAUUUGAAUAGGAUCCAACCACAGAAAUAAAUUGCCAUACAUGUAUCUAACAGAAUAGUUUCAGUUUAUUCCUGCUACCUUGACUUGAGUAUAGGUCUGUUAGAAUCUUCUUUUGGCUGUUAAAAUAUUCUUUGGGUUUGGUGAAUAACCUAUUGCCUAAUUCCUAAUUUACCUUUAUACAUCUCAUCAUAUGCAUUAGUUUAAUACUAUUUUUCAUAUUGUUCAAAGUGGUUUUACCUGCCUACAUGUAUACAUGUAUGUUCCCUUGCAUUGGUUCCAUGACAAGAACUGGUCUUUUAAUGAUGCACAUGCAGGCUGCGCAGUUUUAAAAUCAAUUUUUGUAUUGAUUUCCAAAUAUGUCUCCUAUAUCUAACCUCAUCCAGACCCUUGCUAUAACAUACGUGUAGCCUCCAGAGGAUAUCAUACAUACGACUGGAGAAAGAUUUAUUCCAGUUCCCUUUAAGAUUUGCCUUUAUCAAAAUCUUGAUCCUCUACACAUUGCUCUUUACAGAGAAAAAGCUACAGGAAAUUAUAGAAUAUCUUCUGAAAUGCACAGUGUACGUAGUUCACACACUUAACUGAAUGUGCAUGUGACUUACUCUAACAUCUCAGCCAAUUCUACACUGGAGAUAGAAGGCAGAAUUUGGAAUGUGCAUGAAUACUGCAUUUUCUAUUCCUGAACUUCUUUGGAAAGGUUUCCAGUUUCAUCCUACAUACAUGUAGCCAAUUGAUUGAUGUUUGUUAUCGAGCCCAAAAAAUCUGAUCGCACAGUGCCUGGGAUCUGAAUAAGUAUUUUGAAAAUAGAAAAUAGUUUAAUUAGUUCAUUUUCUUUAUACAUGUACUUCCCCAUACCUUGCUAUGUCAGCGAGUGCAUGCUAUUAUCAGACAUAGCGUAGCAUGCACAAGAAUGCUUAUGUCCCCAUUUCAUCCCAUUGCUAACAAAACAGAACUGUCUAUGUCGUAUUGCUUGUGGAAAAUACGACAGAUAGGCCACGCAAGGUCGAUUAGGAUAUAACAGCAGAAUAUAGCAGUUUAGAAGUAAGUUGCAUACAUGUAGGUAGAACUCCAUCAGAAGACCGACUGUCUGUGUGUUGAAUUUCUGAUUGUUGUUUUGACAAUUUCUUACUCUGGUUAUAUAUAAUUAGAUGGACAAAGAAAACGAUCACAGAUCUCAAUGUGACCUUCAACUAAACCUUCACGUAUUUUCGAAUUACUUACCCAGAGGAUUGAAAAGCAUUUAAAGCAUGUAAGCUGCCCCAAAUGCCAAUGAUAUCCAGCUUGCCCAUUCUGAAAUGCCUUACCACUCUUCCCUUGGCUGAACACAAGGUUUUAGAAUGUAAUAAACCCAACAAGGAACCUGCAUUCUGAUGAAUACUAGAGGAAUCUUAGGUUCGUGCUGAUUUAUUAGGGUUGUGCGUUGAUGAGAAGGGAUCGAGUUCUGGACUGUCGCACACCGAUGAUAACUUGGCAUGUUAUAUACCUUCUGCUGAUGCAUCAGAAAUAUGUUUUGCGAUGCAGCAUUGAGUUUAGAAUGAAGCGCUUCAUCAUUUGUGAUGAAAAUAUCGAACAGAGGCCUCCCUCUGGAUUCAUAUUGCAGAUUCCUUACUAUUUGCUACCGCCAAAAAAGUAUUACUUCAAGUACUACUUUGAAGUAAUAAGUUUUUGCUGCCACUAAUUGAUACAGGAUUACCAUCAGGCAUUCCAGGUUUAAAAUCUUUUCCAAUUGUCAGUCCUCUAAAUGAUGAUGCAUGUUUUGUGUCUUCCAGCAAACCAGAUCGAUUAUACCAAAGUUGCCAAGUUUAAGCAUUGGUGGACCAUGACUCGCCUCCAGCACUGCACUCCUGUUUACCUUACUCCUUCAAGACACUGUUCCCAUCAGUACUGCUGCACUCGGCACGCUCUAAAGUAGUUGAGCAUCAUGUAUUUCCUUGCAGGUGGCAGACACACCGCUAAUAAAGGAAGUCUCCGGUUAUGAGGGAUUGUCCUUGAUCAAGGGUUGAAGAUGCACUUUUUGUACUUGAUGUACUUGACUUCAGUUCAGAUUGGUGAUGUCCAUUUUCAUUAUCAUAUAACAUGUGUGAUAAGGUGCGUGCCUGUAUGACUCUAGCUUGAAUAUUCAAGGGUUAGUAUUGUGUCUUUAGACAUGUUUGAAGAAACUCUUUAUUGAAGUUUAACUGUGACAAGGCUUAUUUUGAAUAGAUGAAGCCCGCCCUCUGGUUAAUUUAAGAAAAGAUAAAGAAAGAUAUUUGCGGCAAACUUCCUCAGUUGAGGGAUGGUAAACAGCAUGACUAACUGCCAGAAUAGAGAAGUUAGAUCGCUAGUCUAUAAUGUGCCAUCAUCUCUUGAUCAUGGUCGAUACCACUGACUGGGGACAUCUCUGCAUUAAUGGUUUGUCUGUGACUUGGGGUAUAUUCACCGAUGUUGCUAUUGGAUGAUGCACUGUAACUUUGUUCCUUAAAGCGUGGGCUAAUACUAAGCAAAUUCUCUAAACACCGGUUUGGUUUGACUUGAUUAACAUUCCAAUUUUCUUCUUGUUCAGAGUGGAUGUUUUGGCUAAGAUUACAGUUGGGUUGGUCCUUUAAAAUUGGCAUAAAGAACAAUCAUAACUCAAUUCUGAUAUUUUUCUGUUUCUCACAUGACAGUGCUCAUCACCUAUAGCAACUGACGUCUGUGGCUACUGGCUUUUGUAAAGUGCCAGCAGUGUAUUUGGUUUGAACACUUUGUAGGCACACCUCAGUUCAACCUUUUGCUUUAAAUCAGGAAGAUGGCAAAUAGUCAUUUGUUUUAUGCAGGAAUGCGAAUGUCUUGAUUGUUUGUUGGGUGUUUCUGUUGGGGCCAACUUUCUUCUCUGAUGGUUGUGUUUACCUCUCUAUCGGCUGUGUCCAGGUCAGUGUGUCCUUAAAAACUGUAGGUCAACUGGACAUUUUCAAGUUUUGAUUACAUGUGUUUAUAAUAAUGUUAGUAAAGGUCACACUGUUGUCAAAAUAGUCCUUGUGAAGUUCAUGGGUCAGUAUAUAGUUGUCACUUGAUACAUCUUUGUCUCUUUUUACGUGUUAUUAAAGAAAAAAAAAUUGGUGUUUUACUUUCUCUAGUAAUUCACAGGGUCCUUAUCUACCUUUAUGCGAUGAAAAAGACUUUAACUGCAAACACAGAUUUUUUGAGUGCAAAUCUGUCGCUUACAUUCUGAAGGUCCGACCCUUUCCACUGCAAUUCAGAAAUCAUCAAAUAGCCAGUAAAUGUUGUUAUUAGGCAAGCUUAUCAUCAAGGCCUAGGCUGACAUGAGUCGUGGUUCAUAUAGCCCAGCUUCAUGAGGUCCAGAUCCAAGAUCUUCAUGAGAACAAGGUCAGUGGAAACGACCUAAAUUUUGUGAUUUUCCAAGGUUUUAAAAAAAUUAUCCAUAAUAAUCGGUGUACAGUGGUGAAUUUGACAUUUCUGAUAUUUCAGCUGACAAAUGACAAAGCUUUGUCCACUGUUUUGACUGUUUGCCAUCUCUCUGUUGUGACUGCUGCAGGUAACUCGGUAGAGUGGUCCUUCUCAAAUGCCCAUGUCAUGCACUAUUUUUAUGUUGAUAGCCAUCACAUAGCUAGUAGACUUGAUGGUAGUUAACACACACAGGAUUGGAUAGAAAAUGUCCCCAAGAAAUGCUUCUGCGCUGUAUAAAAUAAUUAACAGCUGGUAUAAAGCUUCUUUUAUCAUUGUUAUCUGAACAGUUAUUUAGCUUAUUUAUCAAAUUAUUUAAUUUUUAGGCCCCUUUCGUUGCAUUGAUGUAGGGCCAUAAUAAAAUCUCUUUCUAAACUGUUCCACUUGGUGUAAAAUCAAAUGGUAAAGACUCACGGUGGUUGGUGAAAAUCUUGUACCGUACCUCACUUUAAGUGAUCCAGUAUAUGGGUACUUUGUCUUGGUACAUUGCACAUUAGCUAUGAAUGUGCAACUUCCUGGCACAUAUGGUACAUUCAGUCUUUCAUGGUUGCUUUUAAUACAUUGAACAUUUACAAUAAUAAUUGGAACAUCUAGUGCGUAAAUAUAAAGCCGAGUUAUUUGAUGCUUGUUUAAUUCUAUUGCGAGUCUACCAAGUUGAUUUAAGGUAUGUCAAUGAUGUUAUUUUUACAUUCCCUGCACCUUAGUAAUAUUCUGGUCGGUAAAGUGGCUAAAGUGCCCUGCAAACAAGUGAUUUGAAUCCCUGCAGCCUGUAAUUAUGAUCACAUGCAACAAAAAGUGCUUGUUUGCGAUGGUCAACGCUGGUGCCUGCGACCAGCAUUGGUGACUACCCUUACCUGCAAUCAAUAUCAAAUCCAUUGAUUACUGGCUUUACCUGCAGACGAGAGUCCUUUUUGUCGCAGAUAGCAGAGAUCAUAAUUGCAGGUCGCUGCAAUUUAAAUGGCUCAUUUUUGAAGUGCUUUAGGUGCUGAGAUAUACAGAAUCAGACAGAAGGUGAUUGGCUUAAUUGGGACUGAUAUUAUACUCUCCAAAGUGUGGAACUCUUUAUGGGCACAUGCUGAUAGCUGCUGGCAUGCAGUAACCUGGGUUAUCCUACCCCUUAAAAUAGUUAUUUCCCACAUCUUGGAACCACACACCAGUUUACUGAUAGUUCUCGAGAUGUCAAUGUCUUUUGGUGAAGCCAGACACCUCAAAUAUAGACACUUCAGCCUGACCAUGCCCUGAAGUGAACACCCCACCUCCAAUAAUAGUCAACGUUAGAUCAACGUUUAGGGAACACUCGCUGUAGAUAAAGUUAACUUCAUCUUGUAGUUGCAGGAAUAAUUUGUAUAUAGCAAGAUCUUUCCAACAGCUAUUUGUGACAUUCUUGCGACUGGAGGUGAAAUUGACUUGAAGCACCUCACCUAUCGGUGUUGGAAUAUUUCAUGUGAAUAUUCUACUGCAAAGUUUAAUUUAAUGCAAAUUUAAUUGAAGCACGUUCUGUAGUUGUAUUGAGUUAGACUCGUAAGCUGAUGUCGUGAGUUCAGAGAAAGCUGAGUGAGUUGUGCACACCAUAUUGAGACACUAUUUUCUAAACUUCAAGAGAUCGUUGAUAAACAAUACCGCCAUGAUUAAACUUAUAUAUAUAUUACAGUUACAUGUGUAAUAAUAUGAAGCUGUACUGGGGACUUUAGAAAUUUUUACUUGACGUGCCUGCAUGUACGAUCAUCUACCACUUUGCAUGGUUGACCCAUGAGCUGGCCUGCGAUCCCGCACAUAGCAUAAAAUGCUUGCUGCAUAGCUUUCUCUUUCUUCUUUCUUCUUUCUUCAUUCUUCAUUCUUCCAUCUUUCAAAUAAAUGUACCUCUUCGUCAUAUCAUACCUGUGUGCCAUGUUUAUUGUAAAAUCCCUAUAAGCACUGAGGACUGAGCAAACUAUUUCAACUAAUAUAGUGUAUGGUAUCAAAAUCAAAGAGAACUCCACAAACUCGUAUUCAGGCUAGUGGAAAUAUCGUUCUUUGCAAUUUGGGAGAUUUGCAGAAUUUCGCACUUACAUGUAGCUCUAAUUUCCUGUCCUCAGGCUUGUGAGGGUUAAACUCUUUAAGGACUGGUAGUAUGUAUUUUAAGAAGUUCAUAUAUGCAUGCAGCCGCAAAGUGGACUAAAACGUUCUUGUCAAACAUUGGACAUUGAAACUAUUGCGCAUGCUUCAGAAAAUAAAAUCAUGAUGCUGGGUCAUUUUUGGCGCCAGGAAAAAAAGCACAUGAAGCAACUGAAGGGGUCACUGCAAAAACCCAGUAGUACGGGUCACUGCCAGAACCCGGUAGUACAUAAGCAAAUGAAGGGGUCACUACAAAAAGCGAGUAACUAAAAUUAUGGGCGAAAAAUGAGUAUUGACAUCAAUUGUACAUCCGACUGCCUUCUUCCAAACAACUGAAAUCAAAAGCAAUACUCUACAUGAUUGCAGUCUUUAGAUAUUGAAAAUGUCUUCUGAAGCAAUACCCCAUAAACAGCAAUUUCAAUGAAAGAAAGGAAACCCGGUAAGUACAAUGCUUCAUGGAUAAUGUCGGAGGAUGAUGUCUUUACUUGGUGCGACCUGAUUAGUGAGAAAAAAACCAACUCGUUCUCGAAAUGACCGAAAUAUUUCGUUCCUGCUUUGAAGUCCUUAAGGUGUUUCCCAUCCAGGAUAAUGUUUCAAUCAAAGUUAAUGAUUAAUUUCAUUUGAUACUAUGAAUUGAUUAAUCAUCCAAUCUAUUUCAUUAAUCCUCUUUUCUUGGUCAUUUAAAGCAAUCUGCAUAUUUCCUUUUACCACUUUUCAGCCCAAAUAAUCCUGUUUCCUUGUCCAAGACCUCCUUUCCAUUCCGCCAUCUCCCCAAAGGUGUUGCUUCAACCACUGUUGCUUCUAGCUCAGUUAAAGGAAAACAUGCAGAAAUGACAGUUUUUUUAUUUCCCUUAAUAUCUCUCUCAAAGUCUUCAGAAUAAAGUCGCUUGAAACUUCCAACGAGCAAGAUUUUCUCAAAAAAUGUCAGUCACUGUUUCAUUCCUUCUGACUCGAAAACUAAAAGACAUAUUCAGUUUUGUGCAUUUAGGAAGAUAGUAAAUCAAAGGGAAUUUGUAUUGACAAGAUCGUAUUCUUAACUUGAGCAACUCUGGUUGGACCAAACCAAAAUAUUCCCCAUCCUCUUAUACCCUGAUAACAGUCUGGAUGUAUGCUGUAAACUUUUCCAGGGGGAUCACUGGAAAAUGAUCGUGGCACUCUUGAAAAAAGACUGAUUGUCCAGCUUGCAUGGUAAAAGGACUCGAACAACUACUGCGUUUCCUGUUACAAACAGAGCAUAAAAGAAGAGUAAUAGUCUAACAAGAGUAAACUAUGGGCAUUUGAAAAGGACAUUUCAUCUAAUUAUACUCCUUUACGAAAUAUAUGACCGUAGAGAUUGUAUCAAUUAAAACCUCUCAUUGUUAAAGUGUGCAAACAUUGCAUGUUUUCUCGUUAUGAUAUGAUAUGAAUUUUACUACCAUUUCCAGACGAGCAAAAAGCGCUUUGCAAGUGAAGUUAGAAGAAAGUUAGUUGAACAAAGUAGUUGAGUGUGGCACAAGGCGUGGUAUUCUCUUAGUACUGCUGUUCUGUCUCAUAUCAACAAUAAAAGACUACUAGGAGUGGUAUAGAGUGGCAGAUUUGAAAAAUCCAUGGCAUUUCCUGACCAUGGCCGUGUCUUGAGGGGAGUCCCGUAUCUAUAUUUCUAACAAAUGUUACCAAGUAAGCAUUAUAGUAUAUUGUUGUAGAAGCUAUAUUUCUAAUGUGAAAUUAGAAUUUGUGUAGCUUUUGGGACUAUUACAUAAUCUAACAAUGAUGCUGUGGAUUUUUUAAAUGGUGUCCGUGUUUCAUGGUGUUUUGGGGUGGUUUACAUCGAUGGAUCAUUCUACUCGUGGACUAUUGUUGGUACGCAGAGGAUUGGACUUUUUGAUCCGACGUGUUUUAUUGUUAACGUAGCUACCGUUUGUAAGGUUGUAGUGUUCGAUCUUCCUCCGCCAUGCCACCUAGUGGCAAUAAUGGCAUAAGGUGACGCCAGCAUCUAUGAUGGGGAGAUGCUGUUGCCACCAUGUUUAAAUCUUGCUUUUCAUGGGUCUUUUAUCUGCUUAUUAUCAAUUGAGUGUCAUACUGAAGUAACACUGCCUUUGUGGCAUACUAUUUUCAGCUUGAAAACUUGUAUAACAAAACUUCUAAUACAGUGUAGUAUUUUUGAUGACUCAAAAAACGUGUUUACAGAAGGCAGAAUCAGGUAUUUGCCUUUAGAAUAGAUUUUAAUUUCAUCAUAUAGCAACAGAUGUAUGUAUAUUGGUCUCAGUAAAUUAUUCAAGAAAAUUAAUUUUUGUACGUGAUAUUAUACUUGGACUCAGUAGUAGACUAGCUCUUAAUCUUUCAGAACUGCGAUGUUUUUGGCAGUUCAAACUACUGAACACAUUUUGUAGAUAUCAAUGAUUUUAUAAUAUAGUAAAUAUCUCUCAUCUGUAUAUACCAUUUGAGAUUCUGUAGAUAUUGUUCAUUGUAGAUAUCCUCCUGCAUGCCGUACAUGUAGGAAUCAGUGAAAUUCAAUCCUAACUUAACACUUUUUAUACGUGUUGUAUUUUCUUAGGUUCUUCAGCUACAAAGGUGACUGAAUUCUUGUUGAACAAUGAACUUUUCAUGGGAAAUUGAAAGCGUUUUCAAUGUAUGUUGAGUGGCAGACCUUCCUGAAUGGUUGAUGGCAUACCGAUUGUUAGGGUGUAUGAUGGUUGAUGUUAACUCUAAAUGCCUAGAAACGUCUUUGAAAAAAUUUGUUUCUCUGUAAACUCGAGUCUGACUGUGACAAGUUGUAUAUAUUGCAAGGUACAGGCUAUAUAUACAAGAGUUCAAGUGGCAGGACAGUUGUUAGGUGUGUGUGUGUGUGGGGGGGGGGGGAGUAGUGGUGAAAAAGACAUACCCGUCUCUUUCGUACAAGUAUAUUCAGCUGUGUUGUUACAGGAUUCCCAAGCAGGCCACUGGCCAAAGAAAAAGGUAUUUUAGAAGAGGCAAAAAGUCCUCCUUUCUUACUCCGUACCUGUCAAUGUCAUCUGCUAUAGAUAUUCAGCCUGCGAGAUCCCCAUGGUCCUGGGCCCGGUAAUUCAAAACAAGUUUUGUGACUUGGGCUGGCAUUAACACCAGCAUGAGUGACAAAACUUGGUUUGAACAACCGCACCCUGUAGCAGUAUAUUCUCAAUCAGCUUUGACGAAAACGUUUCCGAAGCAGUUAUGGUUAAUCGUCAUGGAUAUAGUGUUUCAUGAUCUGCUGUAUAAGUUGACCUUCCUUGGCCUCUAUAUCAUUUGCUUCCUUCUGCCAUUCCGACAUCUUCCUACACCUAUCCGAUCGGACGGUUAACUGUGUUGACUUUUAAAAUUAUGUUGACUUUUAAAAACAUGUCUUCAAACCUAAAGAAAAAUAUCUCUUAAUGAAAAUAAUGGCAGCGUGUUUCUCUAUGAUACUGUCCGCAUAGCCUUCAGGGGGUCAGAACCCUUCAGUUUAUUGACAAUGUUGUUGAUAACAGUGCUAAGAUUUGUUACCUGUUUAUUCAAGGUCGAACAAUAUGACGGUGUAGUAUAGCUGGAGAACCUACGGAGAACAUGUCCUGUCUUUUCAAAGCCAUAAUACACAGUGCGCCUUAUGCCAAGUGUACUCAAAGUCAGUUGUAAAAUAUUCAAAUACAAAUAUUGUAUCAGUACAGUGAGUUUGGCAUACUUGGAUCUAAUUAUCAUGUCCAUCUACAAUCUUUUCUGCCAAAGUGUGUGACUUGUGAUUGUAAUAUAUCUGACAUUAGUUCAUGCUUUAAGCUUUUUUUUCUGUUGGUGUUUUGAGAUUUUAAAAUGGUUAAGUUAGGUUUGAACAUCUGAUUCUUGCAAAUGUCAUUUAUUAUCAUAAUUGUUGUCCAAAUGCUGACAUAUCACAUAAAUUUGACAAAUGAUUUAUUGCCGUACAAGUAGAAUAAAGCUUUACAACGACUCUUUUGCUGUAUACCAAUCUCAUGUGAGGAAUUUUUUUGAAUUGAAAAUGUUGGAAGAAGUUUUCUCGAACAUAUCGUCAGAAGCUAAGGGUAUUCAGUUAGUACGUAUAAUUCCUUUGUAUGUUAACCUGUCAAGAUACUAAUAAAUAAAUAUGAGCCAAAAACAAGGCAGUUAAACUAGCUGUUAUCAGGACAAGUGAAGUCUUAAUUAGAUUGUGUGAGGAUUGAAACAGCACCUUAAUUGCUCCCUGCUCUGCUCAUCAGAAUAUUAGGAUAUUAAUUGAAUGUUUUUCCUAAUUUUUAGGUGUCUGCAUAAACAUCCAGAAGUUGUUAAAGCCUCUUUGCAUAUACCCCUACAUGGUAUAGUUACGUACCAACUGAAUAAUCCUUCAGACAGCUUUAAAAUUUGGUGAUUAUUAUCAUCAAAACAUGACAUCUUUAUGAGGGUUUAAUUUUCAAACCUGAACAUUUCUUAUCUUGUGUAUUUGACUUUCAUUACCAUUACCAUUCAGAUAUAGCCUUGAAUGGGUAAUUGUGUUGGAUUAUUUUAUGAUGCCAGAGAGAAAACAGAAUAAGAUUGAAUCCUCCCUGCCUCAGAAUGAUGGGGCUCUGAAAGGAUGUGUAGCUUGAUGAGUUGGUCAAAGACUGUCAUUUAACCGUACAGCUACUGAGUUUCUAUGUAGGUGGCGCUACAGGGAUGCAUCAGAAAAUGUACACUAAAAUUCUACCAACCAAUUGUGUCCACUUUUAGAUAGCAUGUCUGUAUCGUGCAAUUAACACUGGAAUUUGGCAACUAUAUAGCCAGUGGGGACUCAAGUUACUUCUCCUAAAGAUGGUCAUUCUGGAUCUAUAAAAAAAUUUUGUGGGUAAAAAAUUUGUAAUGGCCUUAAUUAGAGGGUAAUUGGUUCGGCUUAUCUCCAAUUUGUGCACAACAGAAAAAUGUUGUUUUUCCACAGUUUCUGCUUAUAGAGGGCAAUGGCAAUGGGUUAAAUAAAAUAUUUUGUGUUUUUUAGUCUAUGGAAAUUGGAACUUGCAGAAUUCAGGAUCAUUCCAGAAUUUGGGGAUGAAUGUGGACUGCUGUGUAUACUAAUACCACUAUUACUCUCUAUAAACAGAUACUCUGGAACUAUGCUUUCCAUUUGCCUUGCGUAAUUAAUCCUGAAGAGACGGGGAUAUAUCAGUUGGUCUACAGUAGCUAUAACUGGUCCGGAAAAUGCUGGUACGGCACUUAUGUAGUUUACAGAGUUCCUAUGCAUAAACAUUUGGUAGAAAGUUUGUAGUACAUUUCCGAUGUAUCUAAGAACGGCCUUCUACGGAAACUCUAUAAACUUCAGUAGUGCCAACCUGGCAUUAUAUCAAGAAGUCCUGGUCUUCCCCCUAUUACUUGGGAUCAUUUUCUGUAUGGGGUCAUAUCUUCCACCGAUAUUGCAAUGGCCAUCUAUCUCUAUUAUGUUACCACUAUCAUGAAAUAUAAUAGUACAUGAAAAGACGUAUGCUGAGUUGGGACUCAAAAUUAGCUUUUAUCAGUUCCUCAUACAUGUAGAGCGGGGUUUACAUUUACAAUAUUGGGCCAGUUCAGGGUGAAAUUCGUUAGACAUCGAAUCACAGAAUUCCUGUUUUCUGGUCAUGGGCAGUAGCUGUUUGGGGACAGUUUUUAACUUCGGUUGCCAAUUUGGUUUAAUAAGCUGGAAGACAAUUUGUUAUAGACAUAAAGAGGACUGUUGAAUUGACCUAUAUAUUUCUCAAGUCAAGUUCGUAUUGGGCAUUUGUACCGAAUUCUCCCAAAUGCGUGCGCAACUCAUGAACUUGACUUUGGUCAUGUGUUGGAUAUCUUUCAGUUGGCCCUUGUGUGCUAGAUGUUAAAAAGACCAAGUGUAUGGCUCUCGUGGAGAUGCGACUGCAAUAUAUUGUUGAGCAUGGCAAUGAACAGAAAUCUUACAAUAAUACGAGGUAUGGAAAUGUAUGGAGCUGCCCUCCUUGACCAUCGAAUGCAGCUGUGGUAGGUCAGUGCUAUAUAGGAAGAUACGUACAGAACUGACAUUCAAGCUAAUCAUCUCAUCUCUUUACAUUUUCCUUGAAUAAA